AUGUGGUGGAUGCUGGCCAGGGAAGUUCUGCUCAUGUGUGGCACCAUUUCCCGAGAACACCCAUGGGAGGUCAUGCCUGAUCUCUGCUUCUACAGAGAUCCUGAAGAGAUUGAAAAGGAAGAGCAGGCCGCUGCUGAAAAGGCUGUGACCAAGGAGGAAUUUCAGGGUGAAUGGACGGCUCCAGCUCCUGAGUUCACUGCUACUCAGCCUGAAGUCGCAGACUGGUCUGAAGGCAUGCAGGUGCCCUCGGUGCCUAUUCAGCAGUUCCCUACUGAAGACUGGAGCACCCAGCCGGCCACUGAAGACUGGUCUGCAGCUUCCACUGCUCAGGCCACUGAAUGGGAGGAACAACCACUGAGUGGUCUUAAGCUGGUCUUCCACAAAGGCAAACAAAAUGGAAAUAGAAAUUGAAAAGGUUGACGGAAAAGAAACAGUUUGUA